UCUCUGCGCUUGUGUGUUUUUGGGGUCGCUUUGGGCUUCGGGUUGGCGAUUAGUGCGGGACAUCCCGACCCCGGGCCAUGUCUCGGAACCUGCGCACGGCGCUGAUUUUCGGCGGCUUCGCCUUCUUCCUGGGCACCGCCUUCUAUCCCAUCUAUUUCCGGCCCCUCAUGCGGACUGAGGAGUACAAACUGGAACAAGCCAUAAAUCGGGCUGGUAUUAUCCAAGCAGAUGUGCAGCCACCAGGAUUAAAAGUGUGGUCAGAUCCAUUUGGAAGGAAGUGAAGAGGCUGGUGUCUGCUCUGAAUGGGAAACAGACAUCUUCCUACCCUCCAUUCUACAGCACAUAUAGAUCAUCUCUAUGGAAUAUCUGGAGAGGACAGAAUUUUAUAAUGGAGUAAUACUAGUAGUAGUAGUUCCAUAAAUAUUAAUUCCAAGAAUUAAUAAUGGAUUUUUCUGAAGUUUCAAAAUGCCACUGAUGCAAGUGACACUAUUAGGAGGUUGGGCUAUGUGUAAAUUUAUUAAUUAAAUCCCCAUUCUGGAUAGAAAAUGGACCUACUUAUUUAAUUCAGUCUUUGAAACCUGAGAGUUAUGAUUUAAAUGUGGGAAGUACAGCACACUUGGGAAGAUCCUUUUACAACAUCUUGUGCAGUGAUGGGCAAACUUCAGCCCGGAGGGCCAGAUGAGGCCCCCUGAAAUGUUCUAUCCAGCUGCAGGACAUU